AUGGCAACUUCGUACUUCAAACUGACGUAUACUAACUACUCACCGGGAAGGUUUCAGCUCCGAUUGCUCCAAGAUGGAUCGCUCGUGCUUAAUGCUGUCUCUUUGCCGGCUUACUUUCCUUACAACCCCUACCAAAUUAUUGGGGUCGCUAAUUCCCCUGAUAAUCGUUCAAGUUUGGUCUUCAAUGAAUCAGGCCAUCUUUAUGUAGAGAGCAGCAAUGGAAGCACUGUGGAUCUCUCACCACAGGACAUACUCCCAAUUGCUGAUUUCUAUCACAGGGCAACCCUUGAUGUUCAUGGAGCAUUUUUUCUGUUUGCUCAUCCAAGGCCUUCUCGUGGUGGUAGUGGAGACUGGUCCACUCAGAAAUCAUUUCCUGAUGAUGUCUGUGACAUUACUGGGGACCUAGGCGGCGGUGCUUGUGGGUAUAACAGCUACUGUGGAGUUGCUAAUGGGAUGCCCAUCUUUGUAAUUUAUAAUUCCGCAUCGCAAUGCUGGAAGAAAAGGCUUCCAGUUUCCAAUGGGAAGGCUCUGUUCAAAGUAAGGCGUCCAACCUCUCCAAAUGCAACUUCUUCAACCACGAAGAAGAAAGAUCAAACAACAGCUAUCCUGGUUGGAUCAUUGGGUGGUUCUGUAUUUAUCAACUUCUUAUUGUUAGCUGCAACUUGUCUCAGUGCAUUCUCUGCGUACCAAAAAAGACCGAAAAGUAAUACGCAAGGUUCAAGCAUUUCGGAGACUAAUCUACGUUCCUUUACAUACAAAGAACUCGAAGAAGCAGCAAAUGGGUUCAAGGAAGAAUUAGGAAGGGGUGCUUUUGGCAUUGUUUACAAAGGUAUCUUCCCAAUAGGCUCUGGAAAUCUGGUUGCAGUCAAGAGGCUAGACAAGGUGGUUCAAGAAGGUGAGAAGGAAUUCAAAACAGAGGUAAUUGUGAUCGGCCAGACACACCAUAAGAAUUUAGUUCGAUUGUUUGGAUUUUGUGAGGAAGGGCCACACAGGAUUUUGGUAUACGAGUUCAUGAGCAAUGGCUGGCAAGCUUUCAGUUUGGACUCUCAAGGCCUCAUUGGGACGAAAGAACCCAGAUUGCAAUUGGGAUCACAAGGGGGCUUGCAUAUUUACACGAAGAAUGCAGCACCGAUUCUUGAGCUCAAUUUAUAA